AUGGUGCAUCAGUCGCAGGACCACGCAUCGACCAGGUCGAAAGGCCUCGACCUGUCCCGCUGGCACUUCGACCUCGAUGCCUAUCUCAACCCCUACCUGCCCGCUCCGCCAUGGCGCUGGCUGCCUCGUCCUAUCUCCCACUUCUUCGGAUAUCGAGGGGACCAACCCCCGAAGGCCGUCGGAAACCUAGUGAUUGCCUUUUGGGCUCUCAUCGGCGCGUUCUGCGGCGUCCUCAUUAUCGCCGAGGUCUCCUCAAAUGUGCCGUCGUUCCAAAGCCACCAUGCACCCGUCAUCAUUGCCAGUUUUGGUGCCACGGCGGUGCUGGAAUUCUCCGCCAUCGAAUCUCCAUUUGCCCAGCCGCGGAACGCGAUCGUAGGACAGCUCGCUGCCAGCAUCAUCGGCGUCUCGAUCGGAAAGCUCUUCGCGCUGAACCCUCAUGCGCAUGCCUUGCCCCAGGUGGGAGGCGCCCUGGCCUGCGCCAUCACCAUCGCGUUCAUGGCCAUUACCAACACCACUCACCCCCCCGCGGGUGCCACCGCCCUCCUGGCUGUCACCGAAGCGUACGAAGUGGGCUGGUAUCUCGUUCCCAUCAUGCUGCUGGGGUGCGUGCUGAUCAUCUCCGUGGCGUUGUUAAUCAAUAACAUCCAGCGGCGGUUCCCCUUCUACUGGUGGACACCGCACCGCCUGUCCCCUCCAAAACCUGAAGAUACCGAAAGUGUCAGGCAUGAGAAGCCCGAGAGUAUCAAAGCCAGUGCAUCCGAGGACAGCAUGAUGGACACUCAGGAGCAGAUCAUCAUCCGACGUGGGGAGCUCAUCUUGCCGGACAACCUGUGGCUUACAGUAGAAGAGAGGGAGAUGCUGGAGAAAGUCAGCCAACGAAUACAAUAG